UGGAUCGCCUAUUUAUUCCGCCAUAUUGUUGCUGAUUCAGAAACACAAUUUCUGGGUUUUAUACAAAUUUAGUACAAAGAUGGCGGCAGGCCCUUAUAAUUAUUCAUAUAUAUUUAAAUAUAUCAUAAUAGGAGAUAUGGGAGUUGGAAAAUCAUGUUUACUGCAUCAAUUUACAGAGAAAAAAUUCAUGGCAGAUUGUCCACACACAAUAGGAGUAGAAUUUGGUACACGAAUAAUUGAAGUCUCAGGACAAAAGAUAAAAUUACAGAUAUGGGAUACAGCAGGUCAAGAAAGAUUUCGAGCUGUCACACGAAGUUAUUACAGAGGAGCUGCAGGUGCAUUAAUGGUUUACGAUAUAACACGGAGAAGUACAUAUAAUCAUUUAAGUAGUUGGUUAACAGAUGCCAGAAAUUUAACAAAUCCAAAUACAGUUAUAUUUUUAAUUGGAAAUAAAUCUGAUUUAGAAGCACAGAGAGAUGUAACUUAUGAAGAGGCAAAACAAUUUGCUGAUGAAAAUGGUUUAAUGUUUUUGGAAUGUAGUGCCAAAACGGGAGAUAAUGUAGAAGAUGCAUUUUUAGAUACAGCAAAGAAAAUUUAUCAAAAUAUACAAGAUGGAAGCUUGGACUUAAAUGCGGCCGAGUCAGGUGUACAACAUAAACCAGCCACACCUAGGAAUGCAAUUAGUACGGACCAGACACCUAAUGAUAAAGGAUGUGCAUGCUAGUUUAGUAGAUUUUAUCAUUGUAUGGACAUAUUAAUCCAUUCCAAAUCCUAUGGUUACUGGUGGAUCUAUCAAGACAGUCAUUUUUGUUCUUAAUCACUUUAUAUAUGUUACUGAAAAAUUUACUGUAAAAAACUGGUACUGUAUGAGAGAAUUAGAAACUGGUACUGUAUGAGAGAAAUUUAAACUGGUACUACACGAGAGAAAUAUCAAAUAUUGUGACUAUUUCUCAAACAAAUUUCAGUUGUGAUUGAUCUUGAUAUGUUUAUUCAGAAGACCCAAUAUUCUACUGAAGGUUGUAUUAUACAAACAUAUAUAAAUAGAAUAGAGCAUGAAUUGUGUGUCAAAGAUUUUUCAAACUUAUUAUCAGUUGUGAGUUUGUGAUUGCUGGUAAUUUAAACAGGGUAACCUAUGUAAAAGAUAUAAUAGAAGAAGGAAAGUUGUUUUUACUGUUUCAAAAGGAGUAGUUUUGAUAAGGCCCAGAUAUGUCCCCUAUUUCUAGCUAAAAUUUCAUAUUCGUAUUGAAUUGCUGUUAUCACUAUGAAUCUUAGUUUAAACAAAGACUUAGUAGAUGAAAAUUUUUCUUUUUAAUUCACGUAUCAAUGUUCGUUUUAUGACAAAUCAAUUAACAUCAAUUUCAAGUUUUUACCGAAUUAAUUGAAAACAUGCUAAUUUCGAUUGGUUUUUAGGAUCGGAAUCAUAAAGCACAUAGAACUAUAAAUUAAACAUUAAUUUUUUGUUAUAACAAAUAAUGUAUCUGACUUGACUAUUUAAUUUUUCAAACCAUUUGCUCUUUGUUUGUUAGGCCUAAAUUUUGUGGAAAUCGGGGAUUUGGUAAAAUUUCUCCAAAAUCUAUAAUUUUGGCUGUUCUGGUGUAAAAGUCAAUGUUUUAGCAAAGUCUGUCAAAAAUUGUUAUAUUUCACUUUCUAAAAUGUUUAUUCACCAGCUUGGAACUCAUUUCUUCUUGAUCGUCCUGAAUAUGCAUGGAAUAUUUGCCACUGGACGUUAAGCAACCAACAAUCAAUCAAUCAAUUUCUUCUUGAAAUAAUGGACUUGAUUUUGGGGCCAAAUAGUAAAGACAUUAACUGCCUACCCCUGAAAGCAUUUUCCGUAAUGUAUCAAUCUUUUUUGACAGCGUUAGUCCUAUCUUUUUAAGUCUUAUAUUGCUGUUGUUGAUAUAUGAGUUUUAUGUAAGUUUUAAAAUCAGUUGAUAGAUUUGCCAGUAAUCAUUUUGAAGUAGAGAAUGCUUCUCACAAAUUUUAUAACAAAAUUGCGCUGUCUUUAGUUGAAUAAUAAAUAUUGUAUUCAGUUUUUAGAACUACAAUAUAGUUUUCAGCAGGACUGAAAAAAGAUGAUUUUUUAAGAAAAAAAAAUUAAAUGUUCAGGACUGAUACAUAAAUGUCAUCCAGGAAAAGUACAUUGAAAUAAAUACAAUUGAUAAAUACCUAAUACCUCAUUCACAAAAUCUGAUAUUAGAAUUCUGUUGAUGGCUGUCAUUUAUUCCAAGUAUUUUCUCUGGAUGUUAUACGUGUUUAAACAAAACUUCUCAUAAGAAAAAAAAGCUGGAAAACAGUCUUAUUAAACUGUCCCAAAUGAAACAUAGUGAAUAAAGUUUGUGAGAAACAUUUUGAUAAUGUGAUGACCAGUAUUGGUCACAUGUCAGUCAUAUGAUAUGGUAUGCUGAUGUAUUUUUUGAGCUUUAGUGAAUGUGUGAGUGAAUGGAUUACACUUAAUCAUUGUGAUAACCAUUUUGUUUUUAAAGUGAUCAAGAAUUGUUGAGACUUUUGAAAAAACAAUAAAGUUCCUGGAAACGAAAGCAUUUGUUGAAAAAAAAUCUGUAUUGCAAAAAAAAAUCAUAAUGACAAUGAUUGAUUUAUAUUUAUAUACAAAAAACCACAUCGAAACAUUAAAAUCUGUUUGAAUUAAGAAUUACACAAAGAGUACAUGUACCUAAAAAAAAUAAUAGUUUUUCGUCAUUAGUUCGAAAUAGGAUUAAUAAUAUCUUCUAGGUAGGGAUGUGUGAGUAAUUGUAGUUUCUGCAUAUUUUAAGUGUUUGUGAGAUGACAUGACAUUGAAGGUAAAUAUAUAAUUAUUGUGGGCUCAGCAAUAUUUUCCUUUGUUAAUCAUAUGUAAUUACUAAAUUGUUGAGAGAUUAUUUUUUAUUUUGUUACCCAGAAUAGCAUAUGUGAUCUGCCAUGAUUUUUUUCUGCAAUAUUUUCAUGAAUACUGCUUCAUUUUAUAUAAAUUUAGAUAAAUAUGUUAACUAUUGGUUUCCUCUUGUCUGUAUGAUAACCUGCCCUUUCAGAACAAAUAUCUUUUUUCUUUAAAAAUUGUUAUGCUUGAUUUAGUUUCUCUUAUUCCUUACUUGAUUAAAUUUUGACAGUGUGUCAUGUUAUCAGAAAACUGUACUGUUUUUUUAUGUUGUUGGCUUAUAUAUUUUUAUGCAAGGUUUUAGAGGUAUCAUAUUUUGAGGGAAAGUAAGUUCAUUUGUACAAAUGACACACCAAUAAUUACUGCUAUGGCUUUGGAUUGAAUUUUUAUAACUCAUUCAACAUUAAACACAACAAAAACAAAAACAAAAACAAUAGUACAAACACAUUUUUACUUACACAAUUGGUUUAUAAUAGAGAAAGUUUUUUAUUAAUUCAUUUUACACAACUGUAAUUUUUUGGGGCUCAAAAUUCAAAAAUAUCUUUUCUACAUUAAAACUGUCCAUGGUGUAAAAUUUCCUUUUCAAAAAUAUGUCCAGGCAUUUAUCACAACAUUUAACUUCAAAUCUUAUUGAUAAGGGGUAAUGGUGUCACAGAUAAAACAAUAACAUUUAAAGAGAUAGAUAGAUUAGACGUUACUGUUUCCUGGUUAUCUUACUUUGUUUUUCAGCGCUGUUAGUGCAUUUAGGGAAGUAUAAAUUAUGGACCUUUAUUGACUGAAAAAAUGAUAAGCACAAACCACAUUUUUACAAGCACCAUUCGAUAUAUAAAUAUUUCCCAAAUAAUGCCUCAUAAACACCUAUACCCAUCAAUUCUAAAGAAGAUAUUUGACCCUGCCAGAAUUUUUUCUUGACAAAAAAAAGAAAAUGUGUCUUUCCUGAGGAUUGUACCUUUUAAAUAAAAUUAUACUCAAUAUGGAUUUUUGUAAGUUUAUUGAAUUUUUCAUGGAUUCCAUUGAUAGUAGCAAUUUAUUCAUUUGCUCAGUAAAAGCAGAUGAAAAUUAUGAUGCAAAGUUUAGUAACAGCAGCUCUUUGUCUUAGAGUGAAUAGUAAUACAAUGUACUCUUUAAAUACACCCUUAAAAGAUUUAAUGCAGGCAUGUCCAUUGCAGUGUGUUGGUUGACAAAUAAAACACUUUGAUACAAAUUCCACAUAGAAUUUAUUUAGAAUUAACCACAAAGUUUGAAUCACUUCAACCGGUAUGAAUAUUAUCUGUAUAGUAGGUAAAUUAAUCCACAGUAUUGGAAUAUACGACAGGGACCAAAAAAGUAAUAUAUUUUUAUUGCUAGAUAAGAAGCUUUGAGCAUGUGUUCUGUCCUUUAUAUAUCAAAUAUUUUUAUACAGUGCUUCAGUAGACAGGUUUGCUUCAGGAAGUCAUUAUUACAUGGGAACUUGUUUAGAAUUGUUUAAAGUAUGUAUGAACAAUGAAUGUAUUGCAUCAGUGCUAUAUUUAACAUAAAUUCGUUGUUUUCUAGUUCUGUUGUUAUAUUAUUUGUUGCAACAUGUAGAUAAAGUGUACUAAUUGUAUCACAUUAUUUAUUAUAUAAUUUUAUCAUUAUCUUAGAUAUUCAUGUACAAUUAUGUGUACAAUAUGUGAUAAAACUGACAUAAUACACUGUCCGUUAGUUGUCUCCCCUUACAAUACUAUCAUCCUUUCCUGUCAGGUGGUUGUUACAUAUAAUUUGAUGUAACUUAGUAGACACACCAACUCAAUUUAAUCCUAGAAAUAUAAAAAAAGACACACAAAAUUUUUAUUAUUAUUUAGAUUAAUUUUCUAUUUGCUUUCUCUAUGCGAAAAUGUUAGAGCCUUAGAAAAAUACUUGUUUUGGCAAAAAAUGAAAUAGCAGACUAUAUAGUAGAAACAUCUCAGAAUAAUGUUUUGUAGUGAUGAGUAGUCAGCAACUCUAAUCAUGAUUCUAUACAACUCUAAUCAUGAUUCUAUACAACUCUAAUCAUGAUUCUAUACAACUCUAAUCAUGAUUCUAUACAACUCUAAUCAUGAUUCUAUACAACUAUUAUCAUGAUUCUAUACAACUCUCAUCAUGAUUCUGUACUAAACACACUGUACCAUGAUCAUCAUAUGUUCACAAUAUGAAAAUUUUAAUGUCAAGUAUAUUGUGUAAAUAAUGAUAUUGACAAAUAAAUUAUACAAAAAAUG